GAGGCGUCCUGAACGCAACGCACCUUCGCAUGAUUCACCGCGGAGCAAAGAAAGAACUGCGUCAACUGGCAAUAAACCAUGGAGACCCACAAAGAGGUGGCAGGAGCUGACCCCUCGCCUCCCACCUUCUCCCAGGUGGUCUUCACCGACAUCCAGUACUCGUACCCGCUUUCAGCCUCCAUCACCUGCAGCUUCACCCUCAAUCCUGCCUUCCAGCCCAGCUCCAGGGACUGGGUGGGCAUUUUCAAGGUGGGGUGGAGCUCGACAAAGGAUUAUCACACCUUUGUGUGGGUGGAGACCAGUCAGGAUGCAGAGGGGCAGCAGAUAAGGCGAGCUGUGUUCAAGGAAUACUACCUGCCCAAAGACGAGAUCGAGUUCUACCAGUUCUGCUACAUUGACAGUUCUGGGCAGGUGCGCGGCGCCAGCGCUCCCUUCCGCUUCACAAAUCCAGCCGAGCAGAACACGGAAAGCAUCACGGAGGACGACCUGCUGGUCAUCACAACGCAGGACCAAGUUGAGCAGAGCGAGCGUGAGAAGGACGAGCUGCAGAGAAAAUUGGCUCUGAUGAGCGCGGAGAAUGAAAACUUAAAAAGCGCUCUGCAGGAGAAGCAGGAUGAAAACCUCACCUUUAAGGAGCAGAAUGAAGAGAGACAGACAGACUGGAUUAAUAUGGUUCAAGAAAUGGAUCAGAUCAAGGAGCACAAUGAAAAAUUAAAGCACACUCUGCAGCUGCAGCUGAAGGAGAACGACCGUUUAAAGGAGGAGAUGGUGAUCCAGCAACGGAACGCUUCCCAGCAGGAGAGGCUGAGUCAAAGCCUCGUGUCGAGAACAAACGAGGAGAAAUAUGACCGAGCUGUGAUGAAGAUCAACCAGCUGAAAGAGGAACGCGACGAGCUGCGGCAGAAGCUUGAAGCAAAAAGUGACGAGAUCACCAAGCUGAAGGCCGAACUCAGGGAAGGAGAACGAGAGCUGUCCAGAACAAACGACAGGUUCCAGCUUCUGCAGGUGGACCUUCAGAGCAGCAUCAAAGAGAAGGAGAAAGUCACGGCGGAGCUGCGGAGCGUCACCUGCAGCAUGGACGAAGUGGAGAGAGAGAACCGGGAGCUGUGCAGGAGGCUGUCGGAGCAGGAGGCUACGCAGACGAUGCCACAGGAAGACCUGAAGGUGCAGUGUCAGACUGUCACCAGGCAGCUGCGGGAGACGCAGGUGAAGCUGGCAGCCGAGAGGGAGGAGACCAGGAUCGCCAAGAGACAAGCGGAGGUUUUAGAAAAUGAGCUGAUGGAUAUCAGGGAACGGCUGAAGGAUGUGGCCGCGGCGCGCGAGCACGAGAACCGGAAAAGCAGCAAAUAUGAGCUGCAAGUCACAGAGAUGAAUAAAAUCUUGGCAGAUAAGGACAUUUCCAUGGAAGAGCAGAGACAACAGAUGAUGCUCGUUCAACUAGAGAAUCGGGAGCUCAUCAAAGAAAACCAGAAACUCAGCGGGGACAUCGAGAGGCUGCGCACGGUUUACUCGAGCCCUGAUGAAGGUGGUGCUCGUGGUGCUGCUGCAGAAGAACUGCUCUACGUGCAGCCGGACGUCGUCGCUCCAGUCGGCGGCACUUCAGCCGACGAGCAGAGCUCACACGGACACCAGAACAUUUAUGACACAAUUGAUUCGUUGCAACCACCAGAAGAAGAGCCGGCGCUGGUGUGUCGUCACUGCCAGGAGAGAUUCCCGGGCAUAACCCAGGACGAGCUGGAGCAGCACGAGCAGAGCCACCGAGUGUGUCCCUUCUGCACCAUGAUCUGCGACAGCAUGGAGCAGUCCGUGUUCGAGGAUCACGUCUACGGACACGAGCUGUGACGGCGCCCUCGGGGUCUUGAACCACGCCGUACGAGACGGCCGCGAAGGAGACCGCACAUAAAACUGUUUCAGGUUCAACGCCCUCCACAGCUGAACGUUUCAAAACGUUCAGGGCUGAAACUCUGAUUUUACAAAUUUGCCUUUAAAACUUUUAUUUUAAUUAAUUAAAACCUGCGGCUCCUUUAAGAAAACUUGUAGUUGCUUUAGGUCUUUACAAAAAUGAAAAAUUGUUAAAAAUAUAAUAAAUUACUGGCAACAUUGCAACAAUCUGAACAGGCAACGGAGUUGACAACGUGCAGAAAUUUAUUCUUUUGUUUCCUGUCGGCUCCAAAAAAAGCAACAAAUUCAAUUGUUGGAUUUUUUUUUUUUAUUAGCUAUAAUCUUAGACCUCCGUCUUUUUGCUUUUCAUUUUAUCUACAAUAAAUCAACCGAUGCUGUAAAGUUCGGCUUUUUAAACCUACACGCUCGUGUCGUCUGACGUUAGAUGCUUUUAAAGAUAAUUGGCUCUUUUUCCUCUGAGCAGAAUAAAAACGAGUGUAGAAACAUGACACUAAAAUAAACAGUGAAAACUACUUUCAACAGAUGUUUAUAUAAAAGUGAUUGGGAAUAAUUAGCAAAUAUAAAUAUAUUAAAGAUUUAAAUUGGACGAUAUGAGACGUGUUUGUGUUGGAGGUUGUUGCCGAUGAUCAAGACUUUUGCAGCCAAUGGGACACGUCUCCCGUUGUUUUAAAGUAAAAAAGCUCAAUUUAAUUUUAAGAUCUAAACCGAGCUGAUCUUUUAAGUGAAGACAAUGUUGCCUGAAAGUGUCUUAUUAUAAAAGUUUAUGCUCUGAGGGAAAACCUCAGCCUCUAAUUAAAGCUGUAAAGUCCGUCUUUGAGUGGACGGAUGUUUAUUUAAAAAGAAGAACACCUUUUCGCUCAGCGGUGUAGCAGAAUCAGGUCGUACGAGUUGUUUUAAAUGCAUUGAACCAGUUGUAAUUAAUAAAAAUCCAUGACAGCAAA